UCUCCGACGACAAACCAGACCUGCGACCCUUGAGACAUAAGAGAAAAUGGGUUUCUUCUCUUUCCUCGGAAGAGUUCUCUUCGCUUCUCUCUUCAUCCUCUCCGCUUGGCAAAUGUUCAAUGACUUUGGAGCUGAUGGUGGUCCAGCAGCUAAAGAGUUAGCUCCCAAGCUUGAUCUUACCAAAGCACAUCUCUCUUCCAGAUUAGGAGUAUCAUUGCCCCACAUAGAGGUGAAACAAGUCGUAUCGGCAAUUGUUGCUCUGAAAGGGCUCGGAGGCUUACUCUUUGUUGUUGGCAACAUCUUUGGUGCCUAUCUUCUGGCUUUCUACUUGGUGAUUGUUAGUCCCAUCUUAUAUGAUUUCUACAACUAUGGACCCAAAGACCGCCAAUUCUCUCUUCUAUUGACUGAGUUCUUACAGAGCGUUGCGCUGCUGGGAGCAUUGCUAUUUUUCAUUGGAAUGAAGAAUUCGAGGACAACGACCUCCUCAAAGAGCAGCAACCUGAAGAAGAGGACACCCAAGCCUAAAGCUGCUUAGAGUUGUUCUAUUCUCUUUCACACAUGCUUAUCAGGCUUUAGAGCAGCUUCUUCUGAUGUUUCAAGCUCUACCUUCAUUUGUCUUCCUUACAACUCUUGCUUCUUUUUCUACUGCAGGAUUCUAGAAUUAGCAACAAUUCUAUUUUUCGUCUAGUUUUAUUUAUCAUUUGAGAUCAAAGAGUUUUUUUUUGGUUCGAUCAUACAAUUUUUUAAUCAUAAUUUAUUGUUCCAG